UCAACUGUAAGCAAAAUUUUUGUUUUGCGCAAAUCUGAAAUUCGCAGCCAAGCAGCCGGCGGGGCAAAGGAGUUAAGCAGGAGUAAAAAGCGAGCAUACACCAGCAGCUGGGCAAAGCAGGCCAAUUACUGCCACAAUUUCACUAAUUCAUUAGUUGAAAGCGGCUUCAAAAUAUUUAUUGUAAGCCCACAAAAAUUCACUUUUUGAAGAUUUCGAAGAUUUGAGAUAUUAAGCGGCUUCGAGUACUUUUGAAAAAUUUCGAGUUCUUGAAAAUAUUUGUUGCGCUUUGGCUGCAUCUCAUUUGGAGUUUAACGGAGCAAAAGCAUUCAAUCAAGCAUCAAUCAAUUAAAAUUCUCGUUGGGCCAAUAACUGGAAAUUUCAACACUUCUUCUUCGAACAGCCGUUCAGCUUAAACAUAUGUAAAUAAGCUUUUACAGGCUGCAUGUGCUGGGAGUGUACGAUCCACUAAAGAGCAAUACCGUAGAAGAGAGCAAACGCAAGAGAAAAUCAAUCAUCAAGCGCAAGUGAUAUAUCUACGAAUAUCAAAACAAUCAUAUAAAGCAAAGAAACAAUUCGUGAACAUUUUUGCACACAUACUUUCAAAAAGAACAUUACAAAUCGAUAUAUUUUUAUAUACCGAUAGUUAAAUAUUUAAAUAUAUUUUCCGAUAUUUUUCUAGAAGUCAUAAAAUCUUCGGUUGUUCUUAUAUGAUUUCGAAGCAUUCAAGCGGCACAGCAAAACGAGCGCAAAAAUAAAUGCUGUAAAGAAAAAAACAUUUAUAUUAAAAAGAAACAUUUUGGAAAGAGAAAAUAAAAAAUAAAAACAAUAACGACCGAGAUUCCUAGUUGUGAAUUCAAAGUGAUUUAACUCUAUAAAACAAAAACAAAAUAUUCGUUUGUUUACCAAAAGAAAAGCAGAUCAGAGGGAAACAGAACGAAAAAGAGAGUUAGGGAGAGUGAGACGGAUAAAGAGAACUAGAAAGUUCAAUUCAAAAGCUGCCAAGUGAAGAGACUUUUGGCAAAGCGGUGUGAAAAAAUCGACGCACCUUAAAAUGGAAGUCAGUAUCAACGCAAAAGAAAAGCAAUUUAGUACGGUAUCAUUACAACAAUAACAAUAAGAAACAUUUACAUACCAAAUACUACUAUUUCUACUACCACAAAUAAGCAAGCUUGCGUUCCACUGAUAGCAAAACUAAAGAAACAACGCAGUGUUGCAAUUUAGCGCAAGCUAUUCACGAGCUGACCAAACCGAGUUUUCAGUAUUAUUACGUAAAUACACAGAAAAAAAUAACGUAAAAUAAAAUUUGUAACGAUUUUUUCAGUGUUUGUGUAUGUUUGUACUUUUCAUAGCGCCUAAAAAUAUAUUACAGUGCACAGAGCAUUUGAGUAUUAAAGAAUUUAUUUAAAGCAAAGUACGCAACGAAAGCGUUGAAUGUCUCGUAAACUAGGUGUACAAGUUUUCUUACAAAAAAAAAAAAUACAACAAAAAAGAGGGAAAAUCAUUGUAUGGGUGUCUAAAAUUUUAAAGGAAUAUAAGCGGAACUGAUUUUAUAUAUACAUACAUAUAUAUGUAAUAACAGAUAUACUACAGGUUAUAUAAAAAAACACUAAAACAUAUAUAUAUUUAACACCAAACGUGUUGAGAGCCAAGAUUUUAGACUUUUUUCCAAAACGAAAGCGAUAAUUUUGUAAAACAAGCGGACUUCCAACGAUUUCAUAAGACGACGAAUAGUUAUAGCAGAGAAAGGCGCCACGACAGUUUACAAACGCUUGGGAGUGAUUGCGAAAAAAAUCGGUUAACAAUAGCAGCGUAAAAAGGCCAAAUUUAAACUUUUAAAUAGAAAAUAUAUCUUAAAAAAAUAUUUGGAAAACAGGCACUUAAGUAAGGCUUAACAAGAGGAAUUAGUGAGAAAAAUUUGUGUUUCAGCAGGAAAUUUUGACCAAAUUUAUUUGAAAAAAAAUCGGCUUAAUUUAAAAAAGUAUUUAAAAACUAAAUAAACAUUGGAUUUUAUUAACUUAUUUAACAAUUUGACUUAAAAUAUAAACACAACAUUCAAAAAGUUAAACAAAAAAUUCAUGUGAAAUUCGGCAACACAGCAAAUUUUGACAAGCAAAUGCACUAGAGUGAAAAUCGACAACAGCGUAAAGCACGGCAAUCAUAGAUUUUAAAAGCAACACAACACGCCUGAGCAACUACGUGCUUGAAAAUUAGCAACAUCGCGCAGUGCAGCAGAGCAUUAAAGCACAAGAUAGAGGCAGAGCGAGAGAGAGAGGGAGAUAUAGAGAAAAGAGAGAAACAUUGAAGCAAAAGAGCAUAGCGAGUAACUGAACAUCUAGUAAAGUGAUUUUAUAUACCAACUAUACAAAUGCAAGGACUUAUUUAUAGACAUACCAACAACGCGAAGAAAAAGUCAACUGAGCUACUGACGUAAAACUAUCUACCAUAGGCGGAAAGCGAAAAUUGAAAUUGAUUAUUUCAACGUGAGCGCAAUCGUGCAGUUGUCAAAAAGAAACAAAAACUUUGAGAGUUAGUAAAAUUAAGAGAUCUAGAAAAAGGAGAAAACGAUCUUGCAAAUCAACACCACCAAAGAAAACCAACUAAACUAAACUAAUGAAAAUAGUAGAAGAGCAAAAAUAUCUGUAAAGGGGAGCUAACGAAUAAUCAUAUUAAAUUUAUACAAAAACAGCAGUUUAUAACAAACGACAAAAACAAAAAACGAGACAUACAAAUACCAAUGUUCCAUAAAGCACAGCAGACCAAGAGAGCAACAGCAUCAGCGGUAGCAGCAGCAGUUAAGAGAGAGUAAAAAGAGAACUUAAUAUAACAUAUUUAAAAGCAAAUUUUUAAAUAAAAUCUUAGUGAGAGGAGAGCAAGUAAAAAAUAAUAUUAUAAAUUAUAUAAAAAUAUAAAUAUUGCUGUCUUUUUGCAUUUUUGCAAUUUUAUAAAAAAUACCAAUAAUAAUAAAAAAGCAAAUAUUAAAAUAUAUAUUUAAAUAAAUAAAAAAAAAACAAAAACCAAAUACAUACACAGAGGAAAAUCAGCACACGAACAUUCCUUUGCAAACAAAGGAGAUACUCUUAACGAAAAAAAAAAUCAUUAGCAAAAUUUACUCUUUUAACUUAAACACAAAAAAUCAACAACUAAAUAAAAAUCAUUGAAGAAGAAUUUUACUAAAAGAAUUUUAGCAAAGAAAAAUCAUAAACCACAUACAUACAAGCGAAGAACGAUCGGAGUUGAUCUAAAACCAAUACACCAAACAGCAACGCAGAGCGAAAGCUACCAAUCGCACGAAAGCUCAAAGUGGCAGCCAGCGAAAGCUCAGCUCCAUAAUACAGUGUAAGGUCUUCUAGUCAAAAACAGAAAAGAAAAAAAAAAAAACAAAAAAGCAAACACUAUUUGCCAUUUGUGUAAUCAUAAUUUUUUAGCGAAAGCUUACUUAACCUAACUUACUAACUUAAUUUCCAACGGGACUUGUGCAAAGCGCAAUCAAAGCUCUUAUAAAAAAAAUUAAAUUUAAAAAUAAUUACAUUAAAUUAAAUUUAAGCGCCGUUUAACCAAGCAGUGAGACUAAUUCCUAAGCAACAAAAAAUCAUACAAAUAAAGCAACAAAGCGCUAAGUAGUAACGAUAGAUAACAGCGAGAAAGCGAGCAGGCGAGAAAGUAAGCAAAAGUUAGAGAGCUGCAGCAGAGGAUCAGAGAGAAAGUGAGCAGCUAGUUAGCAUUCCAGCGCACACAGCGGUUGAGAGUAAUUUCCAAAAUUACGCCCCAAAAGCAAGUAGCUACAAUUAAGAAACAACAGCCGCCACAGCAACAACAAGUGGGCAAAAAAAUGACUAACGCCAUGGAUAUCGUAAAGAAUGGCAGCGCCAAUGGCUCCGUCGAUGGCAGCUCCGAUGAGUCGCGCACCAACUUGAUUGUGAACUAUUUGCCACAAACCAUGACCCAAGAGGAGAUGCGUUCGCUCUUCUCGAGUAUUGGCGAGUUGGAGAGUUGCAAGCUAGUGCGCGACAAAGCCUCAGUGUUGCCAGCUUCCUUGACCGCGCUCAAUCCGGCAUUACAGCAAGUCGGCCAAAGCUUGGGCUAUGGUUUUGUUAACUACGUACGCGCCGAGGAUGCUGAAAAGGCCGUCAAUACGCUUAAUGGUUUGCGUUUGCAGAAUAAAGUAAUUAAGGUAUCAUACGCCCGUCCAAGCUCGGAAUCAAUAAAGGGUGCUAAUUUGUAUGUAUCGGGUCUUCCCAAAAAUCUAUCACAACCAGACUUGGAGGCACUAUUCGCAUCAUAUGGCAAGAUAAUUACAUCUCGUAUACUCUGUGAUAAUAUUUCUGGUCUAUCGAAAGGUGUCGGUUUUAUACGUUUCGAUCAACGCAACGAAGCCGAACGCGCUAUACAAGAGCUAAAUGGCAAAACGCCCAAAGGUUAUUCCGAACCGAUAACUGUCAAAUUUGCCAAUAACCCCAGCAAUAGCGCCAAAGCUCAACUCCCACCACCAUUGGCCGCUUAUUUGACACCACAAGCGGCUGCCGCUACGCGUCGCCUCGCUGGCGCACUGCCAUCGGCUGGACGUAUAAGCAUUGGAAAAAGCCCGAUGUUAGCCAUUAACAAGGGUUUACAAAGAUACUCACCACUGGCUGGUGAUCUCUUGGCUAAUUCCAUUUUGCCGGGCAACGCAAUGACCGGCUCCGGCUGGUGUAUAUUUGUCUACAACCUCGCACCCGAAACGGAGGAGAAUGUCUUGUGGCAGCUAUUCGGCCCAUUUGGCGCCGUCCAAUCGGUAAAGGUAAUACGAGAUCUGCAGACAAGCAAAUGCAAGGGUUUUGGCUUCGUGACCAUGACGAAUUAUGACGAAGCGGUUGUGGCAAUACAAUCACUCAAUGGUUAUACACUCGGCAACAGGGUGUUGCAAGUUAGCUUUAAGACAAAUAAAACUAAAACCGCUUAAGUGGGCUUGAGUGCUGCAAAGAAAACCAACAACAGCAACACACACAAAAGUAACAGCAACAAUAAGAGCAAGAAAAAAGAAGAAAGAAAAAGCAAGACAAGCAGCAACAACAACAAGCAGAACUUUUGUGUGACAAGCCGGCUUACAAAGAGCAGCAAAUAAUAUUGAGAUCAAAAAUUAAGAAUGAAUUGAGAUCAACCAAGAAACACCGCAGUUCAACUUAACAAAAAACAAAACAAAAAAAUAAUAAUAAUAAAUAAAUAAAAACAUUUAAAAGUAUGAAAAAAUAUUUAAAAAAUUUACAGAAAUUAUAUAUUACAUUAUAUGUAUCUAUCUGAAGCAUAGUUGUGAGGAGCGCAGCAGAAGGGAAAUUAAAUAUCCAAUGCGUGUGUUGAGAGACGAAAUUGACAUUUAUUGCUGCUCGCACUAACAUUUAAAAAAAUUGAUUGAAAAAAUUAGUAAAAAUUAUAAUUUCUGCAAAAUUGUUUGGUUUUGUAAAAUCUAUUGAACUUAAAAAAUUUGUUAGCAAAAAUAAGAAUAAAUCGUUGAUGCCGUAAAACAGUAUGUUGGACGACAUGGCAGUAAGGGAGAGAGGAAAGCGAAAAAAUGUUAGCUAACAAAAUGCUUUCUUGGCAAUAUUUUUUGUGUGUUCAAAAGCGCCGCAAGUAGUUGAGUAUGAGAGCGACAACCACAGCAGUAAGCUUAAGCUAAAAAAUAGUGCUUUGCCAUAAGCUUAGGGAGCUGUUUGCCAAAAAAGAAAAAACAAAAUUAAACACAAAGAGCGGAAGUGAAGAGUAAUUGGCAACGCCGCGAGACAUCGACAGAGGCAAUGCAACACUGCAACAAGCCCCGUUAAGCAGACGACAGCACUAGAAAGAACCGGUCUAAAUAAAUAUCAAUACUACAAAAAUCAACACUGGCACAAAUAGUUUCCGCAAAAAUCAACCCUGAGAACAAAAUAUUAAAAAUAAAGUAAAGCGAAAUGCUGGAAAGCAAAGCGAAAAAUAAAUAUAAAAAAACAAAUAAUUCUCAAACUCAUCGUAUAACUACUUAUAUACAUACAUAUAUUAAUAUUUAUUACUUAUUAUUAACUAUUAUAAUUAAAUAACUAUAAAUUAUUAUGUGGAAAAUAUUUAAGCAAAAUUUAUUUAAACAAAAUACUUAGUCACACUUGUAAACCUUUUUAAACUAAUUGCAUUGUACUUAAUUAAAUUGUAUUUGUAUUUGUAUUUGUCUAUAAUAUAUAUUUAUGGAUUUUCGUAAUUAAUUAAUUUAUUAAUUUCGUAGUAACAAAAGCUGAGAAAAACUUGAAAAAAUAAAAGUAUUAUAAAUUCAUAUUAAUUAUUGCAUGAAACAUAAACAUUAAUGAAAAGAAAACGAAAAAUAAGAACAAAAUAAAAGAAUACUCACAAACACACACAAAUAAAAGCAACAGAAACGCAUAUUUUACAGCAUAAAAACCUAAUAUAACAGUAUAAAAUACCGCAAAUAAAAAUAUACAUUCAUUACAUAAGUAAAAAAAAAGAAGCUAUUUGCUAUUAUUAAAUUUAUUAUUAUUAUUAUAAAUUUAUUAAUUGAUAUUGCCAUGAAAUUAUCUAAAUAAAUGUGUGAAUUAUUUGAAAUUUUAAAACCGAGUGCAAAUUACAUGAAGGUGGCAAUGCGAUGCAUUAAUUGGCUAAGCGGGUAUAAUUAGAGCGGUCGAGCAUAUCGUUGUGCGCAAAGACGAGAGCGAGACGUAGCGUAUGCUAAGUCAACGAUAUGAUACUCUGAAUGGUUAAGUAGGCAAGGUGAAAGUAGUGGAGCAUGGCGUGAGCGAAGAAGACUUGAGUGUGAAGAAAGAGAGGGAGAGGUAGAGAGAGGGUGAAAGUGAGAGAGAGUUGGAGAAAAUCAGGAAUAUCGUGCACCAUAGCUACUACUACGCAAAAGCUGCAAUGUUCGGCUUAACUAGUAGGCAGAAAUCAAGGAUGAUAGUUACUAGAUUUGUUCGUUGAAUUGUUUUAGGGGAACUUUGGAUUCUACAUCCUUCGUUUUCCGUUUCACAAAAUUUAGCUUUAGCUUAGUGAAACACAAAACGAACGACGUCGGCAUAUCUGUCAAAUUCGCUCAGAGCCGCAUAACAGUGUGCUAGGUAGUACACCUCUAAAAGUCUUUUCACCAUGGGCAGAAGAAAGCUUUGUAAGAGUAGCGGCUCGUAGCGUGAAUGUAGCAGAUUUGAAAAUGAAGAGAGAGAUUUAGAGAGAGGGGAAGGAAGGGCUUACGUUGUAACCAUCACGUAGAGGCUUCAACGAAACGCAAGCUCAACCAAAGCCCAUCACCAAGGUAGUAACAGUUGAACAGCUGAUUCGACUUUUUUAUAAUUGAAUCAGUUCUCUAAAUUGUCAAACUUUGUUCAUCCUUUACCUUGUUGGUUGUUGUCUAGACCAGCAUACUUAAAGAGCUAUGGCCUGCUGAUCACAAAACUUCAACAAAAUACGCGCCACUGACAAAUUUCACAUUUCGAGGUUGACAUUUAGAGGUUUCAAGUAGCAACAAAAUGCACGCCAUUGUGGUUUUUGCUCCACCACUGCUACCUUGUAGAUGUGCCUUUGGGCCCAACCAAGUAAUGCUACGGUGAGAUGGCUAGUAAGGUAUGGCGUUAAGGCUGAGGCGAGAGAGAGAGAAGGGGAGAGAGAGAGAGGGAGAGAAAAUAAGAGAGAUAGUGAGAGAUGGAGAGAAUGCAGUAGCUGUGUUUAGUUGGGAAUGACAUAUUUUAAAAGCACACAUUAACUGUAAAUGGCUGGAGAGUGGGGUUCUCGAUAUGAAAUAUACACCGAACAGUUGUGUGGAUUACUCGAAUAGCGCAACUGGUGAGCAUAUUUCAUGAUUAACCUAACGUUAAUGUGAGAAUUAUUGUAAAACUAAAGUAGUUGGCAGGCGCAAGAUUGAGUAGAGCGACAAUGAGGGAAAGUAGCUUGAGAUAAAAAUCAAAGGCGCUUUGUGCAGGUAAUAUGUAAGUAUGUUUACGCAAGCAAAUCUGAAAUGUAUGAGUGUGCGAUUGAAGUAUGUGAGUAUGUAAGUUCUCCAUAUAUGCACGGGGAAUGGAGCUGUAGUGACAAGCUCUCGGCUAUGUUGUUGAGUUACAUAAGCUGAGCUGAGACAACCUCAAGUUGUCGAAAGUGCGUAGGCUUAGAAUCAGCUGCUCCAUUUUUCAUAAGCGUUCUUUUUCGCUUAGUGAACUUUGGUUCAUUUGCAAUGUAUCUGCAUAACAAAAGCUUAGUCAACUCUAAGCUCAGGAAGAUAAUGAAAAUUUCGCAGAUAUGCGAUCUGCUGUUCAAGUACCUUCGUUGAGCUUAGAACUGUGUGAGCAGCACUCAAUUGAAUUUUUUACUCAUGUAUGUAUUGAAUUUUUUACUCUCUCUCUUUCUCUUCUUCCCUGCCUCAAGUGCUCAUCUGCUGAAAUUGAUAGUACUGGUGUAGUGUAGGUUAAAUUUUGUGUUGUUAAAUUGAUUUACUUACCCUUCUUACUCUACACUUUCUAUCACUAACACUUAUUACAAAGUAAAUGUGUAAACAAUAAGCAGUAAUUUUAAUUAAAAGAGAUAUCUAACAAAAUUAUUAAAUAGUCGAAAAUAUUAAUGUAUGUUUUCUAUAGAUUUUUUUAGUUGUCUCUUCACGCUUACUAAUGAAAAUUAAGUAGUAGAAAUGUGUACGAAAAAUAUUAAUAUAAAAUUAUUACAAAAUCAAUGUUAUAUCAAAACCAAUAUGAGUAAAAUGUGAAAAACCAUAGUCAACGUAUGAGAGCACAAAAAACUAAGAGAAAUUAUAAAAUUAUUUAAAUUAUACGUUUAUAUAAUUGAGUAUAAAUUACUAAUUAGCGAUAAUAAGUGGAAAAUUUAUAAAAAACAUUUAAGUGAAGCAUGGCGAUAAGACCAAAAUGAUGUCAAAACCAAAACACCAACUUUGAAUAUUAUUAAAAAAAUUUUAAAUAUAGUGAAAUUUAAUAAAAAAUCGAGAAAAUUCACAAAAAAAAAAUGAGGAGCUCAGAAGAGAGCCAAGAUAGUUAGUAUCGGAAAGCCCUAAGAGUGAGAAGAAUUCGCUAGGAGAGCUUACAUGCAGUAGGGAGCGAAGAGAGAAUAUAUGGAAAGCUAAAGGCUAACUGAAACUGAUAAAAGCAAAGUACUGAAAAACGAAGAUUUUUAUUUGAAAUCAAAAAGAGAGAGAUGUGAAAGGCAUUUAAAAAAUAACGCAACAGAAUAGCAGCAACAACAAGCUAUUUAAAAUAUUGCAUGUUUUUUAGCUGAGUGAAAGAAGAGCAAGCUACUCAGCAGCAAGUAAAAGCAAAAAAGUGUUCAAAGCGGUAGCAGGAAAAAGUACAGAAAGAAAAUAGUUAGCUAAAAGUGAAAAGGCUGAAAUGGAAAGAGAGAGGGAGUGUAGUAGUUGAGGGUUAAGUGAGCGCAAAAUAAGGAGAGUAGAAGAAGAAAUAGUUACAGUGUAGAAAAAUAGCUGAAAGCAGCAGGCGGGCAACUGCAAUAAGGAAACCUAAAACAAAAUCGAACAAAAACAACUAAUGGCAAUAUUUUUGGAGGUUGAGGAAUUUCGUAAAAAACACACACAUACAUAAAAACGAAGCUAAGUGCAAAUACUAGCAGUAGGACAAAAAAUUACCGCAGAAGAUUACAAAAUAAAUAGAACAAGCCAAAAAAUUGCAAAGUAGGUGAGAAAAUAUCGAGAAAAAAAUGUAUGAAAUUUGGCAACAACGCAUUAAAAAGUUUUAACUUAAGGAUGGCAACACAUAGUUUGAAUAAAACCUAGAAUCUAAAAAAAACCAUAGUUCAUGAAGCGCAAAAUUUGAUACAUAUAAAAGACGAUUACGGGCGAGCAUGUAGAGAAGAAGGUGGUUCAAGGAGUUGCUGCUAAAAAGAGAAUAUACUCAGGUGCGUAAGAGGCGAGGAGCAAACAGAAGUAGACUUGUAGAAGAGGAGGCUUUCUCAAGAAGAGGCCUACAGAAGAUAAUGUAUGAGAUGAAGAAUGCAGAAAGUGAGUGCCAAGAUUUGCUUCUAAAAAAGCAUAUACUGAGGUGCGUAAGAGGCGAGGAGCAAACAGAAGGGGCCUUUUAGAAGAAGAGGCUUCCAGAACAGAGUAAAUAAGAUGUAGAAUACAGAAAGUGAGUGCCAAGAAGGGGGAAUAAGUGAUGAGCAGAGCCAGCAAGAGAAUUUAGUAGGAACGAAUGAAUGGAAAGGUGAGAAGCAGAGAUUGGCAUGCAUGAGAGAGCAUUGUAGGUGAGCUCUACAAUGAGUGCGCGAUAGAAGAGAAAUAAGCAGGGUGUUGAAGUAAGCGAAGUACCACCAACAAUUUGUACACCUCCUUCUGCUUCUCUUAGCAGUUAACUCGCCGCCGCCAUCACCACUGCAUGCUCAAGCAAGACGAUCAAACGCGAACACAUAUUUAUAAUCACAUACUCAUACAUACAUAGAACUUAUGCGUAUUUACUUGUAUAACGUAAAUGCAUUGCGAUCUUUUGGGCACCAUACCUAAGAGCGAAAGCGUGUUUUUACCUAAGCUCGCUGUAUAUCAUAGAUUCAUAUGCAUGUAUUUUAUGUAAUAAAUGUUGAAAUAGAACAAAAAAAACCAAAUGUAAUCAAGUAUAAGCAACAAAAAUAUUACAUAACGGUUAAUGCAGAUGCGAUGUUUAAUUGUUUGCGAAGAAAUGAUUGGGCACACACAUACUCUGACAGACACACACCCACACACGAAAAAACACAUGCGCACAAAAUAAAAUUAUUCAAAGCAUACAACUUGGACAAAAAUUUAAAAAUUUAAUAUCUAUCUGCAUCAUAUAGUAAAUGUAAAACAUUCAAUGUGCUACUUCUACAUACUAGAAAACAAGGUACACCCACAUACUCUUACAAGUAUACCUAUAAAUGUAACCAAAUACUACAUAACUAGUGCGAAAACUCAUUACAAUGAAUUCGAAUGCGAGUAGUCAAGCAAAUUGCAUAUAUUUUCUGAGGCACCCUAUAGGGGAAAAGGGAUAUAAUUUGCAAAGAAUCUUUAGGGGAAUAAAAAUCUAAAAACUCCUCAAACUCACUAUCUAAAAAUCAGCCAAAAAAUAUCAAUUGAAAGUGUAGUGAAAAUUGGCAACACCGCAUGGAGACAUGUGUAAAUGUAGUAGCAUAAAAAUAAACUUAUAUCGAAAAUUAUAAACACACAUACAAAAAUCAAUAAAAAGGGCGUGUCUGGGGUUGUGUACACUGACGGGUAGGUACGGAAGUUGGCUAGCUCAAUAAGGAGCAUGGAAGAGAGAAUGAAAGUACGAUGAAAAGAGUCAACAAAAUGUUUGAAAGCUUUACUGAGAAUGGAGAAGAUAUGAAAGAGGAGCGGACAGAUCGAAGAGUUUUGAGAUAAAGAACAUGAAAUUGUAAACGGAGUUAUUGGGAGGGCUGAGAAUGAAAUCAUAAGGUAUGGAAAAUAAAUGUACUCAAAUAGGAGGGGUAAUGGGAUAGAUGAAACAAUUGACGUGGAAAUGAGGAAGUGAAGGAAAUGAGGAGGGUUGGUGAUAAGUAGGGCAGGGAGUCGACGCACGGAUAGAGUUAAGAAAGCUGGAAUAUUAUAAAGGAGAGAAUGGAAGGCAAGCGAAGUAGCAGGUAAUACGAGGACUCCAAAAUACGCGAAGAUGCGCGAAAUGAGAAAAAAUGUAAGAAGAGAAUGAGUGGUGAGAGAAGUAGCAGCAGUAGAGUGAAGAUGGUUCGCAAAUAGGAGAAUUAAAUGGAGCGUAGCGGAGGACGCAGAGGCAGGGAAAACGGCAGAAAGCUUUAGAAAGGAGUCUAGUAAAAGUUGCGAGAGAGAGGUUUACAUAGACGAGCAAUAAAUGGAGUGAGGCAGAGCAUACAGAGGGAGGGAAUUUGUAAAAAACGGAAGAAAGCUUAAGAAAUAAAUCGAGUCAAAGUUGCGAGAGAGAGAGAGGUUUGCAUAGAAGAAGCGGAAGAGUAGAGGCUAUAAAUAAAGGCGAUAAAUAAACAAUGAAAGGUUUCAGAGUUCCAAAUAUUCAGAGUUUGAAGAGAAGUCUAGAUGCUCAAAAACAUUUUUGAGUAACUGCUUACAUAAGACAUUGACUUAAAUAAUAAAAAAAUUACAACGAAAUCAAAUGAGCUUUUUUCCAACUGAGAUAAUCAGUGAGAACCAGUUUCGAAAUAACAGCAAAGGGUGAAAGAGCGAUGAAAGCAGAGUAGAGCAAAGCAAAGCAGAGCAGAGCAGGGCAGAUCAGAGCAGGCAGAGCUUGAAAAGCUGCUAACAACAACUGGUUGUGUGUAGUUUUGAAGCUAGUAAAGUUGCGAACCAAGGAGUAUAUGUAUGUCUUUGUUCGAAAGUGUUCGGUUUUUCUACAUAUCCGCUCGUUAUGUUUCUUCCGCUGUAUCUCGAAAGUUUUCUAAUCAACCUGACUUAUGAGAGAAACUCGCAAUUGCAUGCAAACCCUGCGCAUUAGCGCAGACGCAAACCAACUUCAUACCUGCCCUAACAGGGCAUGCACCCUCGACAUGUAUCCAAGUCUACCUAUAACAUGCAACAACAAAGUCACUCAUGCAACAAGCGAUCUGAAGGAAUUAGCGCAAAUUUUUUGUAAUAAAAAAUAAUUAAAAAACAUUUAAUAACAAUUUUUUUGAAAAAAGAAAAAUCAUAUUUUAAAAUGCAAGCCAUACGAAUAUUAAGGUAAAAACUGAAAUUGUAUAUGUGUGUGAGCGCAAUAAGGCGAGAAAGUGAGUAAGGAAAGAGCGAAAGCAAAGGCCACAAAAAAUGCAUUUAUAAAAAAAGUUGAAUAAAAAAUGUAUGUACGUAAAAUCUACAUACACACACAUAUGAGUAAUACACAUCCAUGCAAACUAAGGUACAUACUUUAAACCGUACGCCAAACGUUGUAAUCCAAGCGCUACCAUAUAUUAAAGAAAAAAGUACUAAGGCAACCGUAAACCCGUAAAAUAUACCGUACCAAAAAAACUGUACUGAAACCGACACCAAAAAAUCCCACUUAGCAAAAAUUCACACUGGUACUGAAACGAAGCAAGAAUUAUGCAAAUAAAUUAAACAAAAAAAUAUUACUAUUUUACAACAGUACAUAGCAACCCACAAAAGCGUAGCAGAAUUUCAGAAUAUUAUAGAAAAAAAAGUAAAUUAUACGAAUUAACCAAGAAAACAGGAAAUUUUUUGAAAUGUUAAAGAAAGUGUGAAAGUACACGAAAUUUCGUAAAACCCAAAAACUGAAAUCAGCUUCCAAAAUUUUUAAGAUAUUAGCAAAGUAAGUGUUUAAUAUUAGAAGACAUCAAAGUAAAAAUUUAAUGGAAAACAUAUUUAAUGAAAAAAGCAGUAGAUGUGGUAGAAAUGCAGUAAAAAAGCAUUAAAAACUAUACCGUUAGUUUGCAAAAAACCAAAAAAAAAAAAUAAAUAAAUAUAUA